AUGCUGAAGGCCUCUUUGGGCACAGCUGCAAAGCUGCUUGCUAAUUUGCUUGUCAUGGGCUCUGGAAUUAUGGUGAGGGCGUUUGCUCAAGCAUACCGUCAGGCACUUGCCAAUGCUUCAAAAUCUGGCGUUGCCCAUGAAACAGUGCAGAAUAUUAGAAGAGGAAGUAAAAUGAUGGCUGAACCAGAGGCCAGGCAAGUUCUAGGCAUCACUGAGCAUUCAACAUGGGAGGAGAUCUUGCAGAAAUAUGACAAGUUGUUUGAGAAUAAUGCCAAAAAUGGGAGCUUUUAUCUCCAGUCAAAGGUUCAUAGAGCUAAAGAAUGCCUUGAAGAAGUAUAUCAAAAGAAAGCCGAGGGAAAUGCAUGA